AUGCGCACAGCUAACGAACGUCGCAUUGCUGCAGAAUCAGCACUCUCCGCUGUUCGUCAGAGGGCAGACGUUCAAGCACAGCGCUCCAGUCAGCUGGAGCGGGAGGCCGCCACUGAAAAAACACGUUUGAAUGAAAAAUGUCAGCUUCAGGAAGUCGAGAUGCAAAAAUUACGGCGACGGUUACUAGCUUUACAAUCCGAGGCAGCCAAAUGGAAAAAGGUUUAUCAGGCAGAAAAGACUGCUGGCGAUGAGAGGGUAAAUCGCGCAAAUCAGCUCCUCCAGAGCACUCUAGACGAGCGGACUAGAUUGGAGAUGGAUUUGAAGGCUUCGCUCAACCGAGAAGCUGAUAGUGGGAGGCUGAUUGACCAGCUUCGACAACAGGCAGCAGUCGAUGCCACAGACGCGUCAUCCCGUCUCUUCGUUGCCCUAUCGACUGGCGAGGAGGGAGUGACCACCGCUCUGGAACUCAAGAGAUGCAUCGAGGAGCAGCUGCAACCUGAGCUGCAAAACACCAAACAGCUAUAUCGGGAGAGUAUAGCUGAAUGUGAGGCAAGUACAGAUGGUGGACGAGCAAUAAACGUUUUGCUGGACGUUAACUAUGCGCGCUUGUCUCAAUUCUUCUUCUUAGUUACUUUGAAUUCGCAUCGCAUUUCCAUACUUUCAACUGAUGUUGGGCGCAGGGGUUGGCGUGAGAAGCACGCUAAGCUAAAUACCGAGCUGGGUGAGUGUCGCAAAGUGGUUAAAGAGCUAGAGGAUCGGUUAUCCGAGUUGCAAGCUACGACUGACAAGGAGCUUGCUUCUUUGAAACUAGAUUUGGCAAAAGCUGAACGGGCCGACCAGUUGAAAUCGGCCUUGCUAGCCAAGUCGGAAAUGCAGGUGAGCUUUCGUUUAUUCGUCUAUAACCCCACUAAUCCAUCCCUUUCCCUUGAGUGA